UGAUGCGAAAUUGCUUUGGAUUAUUCAUUCAAUUUCAAUCAUUCUUUCCUAAUUCUAUAUAAAGUAUAUUAUACAUAGGAUGGAUUGUCGAUUCAAAUAGUAAUCCUCGUUUAUAUCUUUAAUAGAGUAAUAUUUUCAAAAUUUGUUGUAAAAUAUUACAAUAUGAACCUGCUUUAGACAGAACGUUCCAACUCCCUAAAUUUCCUGUUCUGCUUUCCAGUUUACUCUCUUCAUUCAUGCAAAGGAUCAUAAAGGAAGGAUUUCCUGCUUAAACAGUUUGGUUUCGCGCGUGCAUGUCAUAUUUUUUCAGUUAAAACCUUCACUUUGGGCUCAAUAAAUGCUGUGAUCUUUUACAUUGUCUCUUUCUUGUCUAAAGCGCAAUUGCUUGCUCUCUUUUUUCCCUGCAACAUUGUUGUUGAUUAAACUAUUUCCGAGAAGGGUAAUUGUAUUAGCUUUCAUAAAGCGGCUUGUUCGGAAUGUCUAGCCAAAGCGAUAGAUCUUUUUCAAUGGUCAAUUUGGAGAUAGAUAAAAUCAUACGGGAAGCCGAGGAAGCAGGUCCUGAAAAUGCUUUAACAUUAGAUUUAUCGCACCUGAGUUUACGAGAUGUGCCGUAUGCACAGCUAGAAAGGAUUCAAGACCGAAUUUCUCGUCUUGCGUUAGGCCACAAUUUUCUAAGAACCAUCGGUCCAGAAAUACUAAACUUCACGAGAUUACGUUACUUAAAUAUAAGGUCAAAUGCAUUUCGCGAAUUUCCUGAGGUACUUUGUCGACUUGAAUCUCUCGAAAUUUUAGAUAUAUCCAGAAACAAAAUUCGAGAGCUGCCUCAGUCGUUUGGCGCUCUUAUGAAUAUUAGAGUGCUAUCAAUUUCUAAAAAUCGGUUGAUAGAAUUGCCCUCGUAUUUCUCUUAUAUGCCAAAUUUGGAAAUCUUGAAAUUGGAAAACAAUCAUAUCAUAUAUCCUCCUCCACACAUCGUCAGUAAUGAGCUUCAAGAACAUGACAUGCCGAUGUUUAUUGCAAAUAUCAAAGGUUACCUUCUUAGAAAUGAGUCCUUGCUACGAAGUCAACAUCAUGAUUUUCCACACAACAGGUCUUCUCCCAAUUUAGUGGCUAAUCAUUACUAUUCUGAUGAUCCCGAUACAUCUGGGUUAUCAUCUGCCCCUAUGACUCGUUCAUUGACUACUGCUACCGCUGACCAUCGCCAUUCGUCCCUUUCGUCUCAUCAUUUAAAUUCAACUGAGUCUUUGUUUAACCCUUCCCAUAAUUUUCCAAGAGCAAUUCCCAAUCCUAGGCACAAUACUAAAGAUCAGUACGUACCUCAUUCUAUCCAUCCUAGCAACAAUGAAUUUCUUUCUACGACUACCGGAAGUGAACAAAACCUAUCACCCAUGUCACCAUUUCUAAACAAUAGACUAGAAGGGGGUAGAAUUCAAGCUCGUCCCAAACGCUCUGUUUCUCUUGCGACAGGUCUAAAUUCAUCUUCACUUAGUAAACCGGUUCCUAUGCUAAAUGACCAGAUCCCUCGUUCCCCUCACAAUUCCAAUUUCAUCGAUGAAUCUGGACAAAAAACUCCAACAAUUGAAUCUCCUAAAGAUUUUGGUAGUUCUACCUCUACAUUGAGAAACGUUCCUAACCAUUCAGCCCCACUCAGUCAAUCUACACCGACUGGCUCACCAGAGAGAAAAACAAAAGAAAGGAUUCGCAGUAAUAGUAUUAAUGAUGAACUGUAUAAUGCUAGAUUGCCUUCUUCAGUAAUGCAAAGGGUCGAAGGAUUGAAAGAACAUCGAAAUUUUACUGAUCAUCCACUCACCAGAAACUUAUCUCACGAUUCACCAUUACCUGGAAUAAAUCGUUUCAAAAAAGAGGAAUUUCAGGAGGGUACAGAGAAUGUUACUGCCUAUUUUAGUACAAGGGCUCUUGCUCGAGAACCUAUUACCCGACCGUCUUAUUCAGAAAAAGUUCUAGAGCCUUUUCGUGGAAUUCUUUUUGCCCUAUCCCAAGUUCAACAAAGCAUUCGUCAACAAAUGCUUUUCUGUAACAAUCCGACUAUCCUUGAUACCAUGCGCCACGUUAGCUUUACCACAAACACACAUAUCAAGCGGUUAAUUCGAAGUUUUGAAGAAAUCACAUUUAUGAGCGAUGCUGUAUAUAAUCCUACUCCGGUCAUUCAUGCUUGUCUUGCUUGUAUUGGAUCUUUUCGUAAAUUAAUUGACGUUACCAAAAAGUUUUCCAACGAUUUUGUAAAUUUUUCGGAUGUACGAUAUACAAGGUUAUUUUUGUUAGUACUGUUCGGAGCUACCAAAGAGCUUCAGAAUUCCUAUCAGCAGCUUAAUUCUCAAGAUCCUCUCAAGCAGUCUCCUACGAAUCCUGCUAGAAACAUUCCUCCAAUGUCUGCUACCAGUAGCCGGUUUAACCUGGAAAAGCCUACUACGACAUUGAACUCCGAUUUUACAAAGCAACUACAGGAACAAAUUGAAUUAGCAACAAGCAGUGCUACAUCAGUUUUAUGUCUAUUAGUUGAUUCCAUCGAAAAGAAUACUUUAUCCUCGGAUGUUAAUAAUGAAAAUCUUGGAUCUAACACUGUUGCUAAAUUAAAAGAGCUUUCGAUGCUGUCAAGUUCCGCGGGUGAAGUUACCAAAAAACUUAAAGGUCACUCCAAAGCAUAUCAGGAGAACGUAAACGAUGAAAAUGAAUGGCAAAGAUUGUUGGACGAUACACAGAUGUUCGUGAAAUCAAUUAUAGCAGUCGCCAAUUUAGCCAAAACAGUGUCAAGCGAGUAUACAUUUCAAAAAAAUAUUAUUUCGGGUCUUUCCGCUGUCACCAGGUCCACUAAGGAUUUGACUAUUCUAAUAUCAUCUUCUUCGCAUCACUCAAACCAUGGAGCAGAAUCUGCUUCCGCAUCGGUAGCAGCAAUGGCAGCGUUGUCUCCAAUCAUGAGAGUACCCGCUACGCCUUUAUCUGCAGCCUUAGGUUCAGCUGCUCAAUCGAUUACUCCUUUGAUUAUGUCGCCGUCUGUGAAUCCAAACGGUGGACAUAGAACAGAUUACUUUACAGAUGGAGACUUGGAAGCUUUACAACGAUGAACGAUUAUAUCUAUUUAUUAAGCAUGAGAGAGAGAGAGAGAGAGAGAAAGAGUUGGAAUGGAGUUAUGAGAUAUAAUUUUACAUGAUGAGCUAUUUAUUCUAUAUCUUUUAUAAAUUUAAAAAUAGUUACUAAUUUAGAUAACGAAGAUUUACCACAAUAGAUAUUGUAUUAAUUUUUCAUCUAAAAUUACAAGAAGAUAUUCAAAAUAAUCAUC